AUGGAUGUGGUGACAGCUGGAGAGGAGACGGGGCCCAGCAGUGGCAGACCCAGCACGGCCCCGCCCAAGCCCAAGCCGCCCCCAUUGACCAAGGAGACCGUGGUGUUCUGGGACAUGCGCCUCUGGCACGUGGUGGGCAUCUUCUCGCUCUUCGUGUUGUCCAUCAUUAUCACUCUGUGCUGUGUCUUCAACUGCCGUGUGCCACGGACCCGGAAGGAGAUCGAAGCCCGGUACCUGCAGCGAAAGGCAGCCAAGAUGUACACGGACAAACUGGAGACUGUGCCGCCCCUCAACGAGCUCACAGAAAUCCCCGGAGAGGAUAAGAAGAAGAAGAAGAAGGAUAGUGUGGACACAGUGGCCAUCAAGGUAGAGGAGGAUGAAAAGAAUGAGGCCAAGAAGAAGAAAGGAGAAAAAUGA